GAUGGUCAUUGCGUGAACGCUUCGCCACAUUCGGCACAAGAGGCAGACGACAUCUAAACACGCGUAAUACUAUUUAGCUCCCCGGUUAUAUAAGGUCUGUGACAAGCAGAAUAUCGUCAUUGGCAGAAUUGCGGAUACAUCCUGAAAGCUGUGAUACGUUACAGGCAAAGAGACACAGAAUCAUUGGAAUCAUAAGCAGAUAUUUGAUAUCAAAACCUAUGGAUUUUCCCAGGAUUACAUUGUAUUAAUGGACUAUAGCAGAUUGUUUGACAUGAAAAGCAGAAUUUAAUAUGAGACAAAUGAAUAGGACUCGGGGGGCAUUAUCUUAUUCAAAGUUAUUUGUAAUUAUAGGAAUGGUAAAAGAACUUUGAUGCGUUGAACAACGCAUUUGUUUACGAGGAAAAAGAAAUGUUUUUAUACGAUUAUCAAAAGGAAAAAUUCUUCUUACGGCGUGCAAGUGAUUUGUUUCUGACUUGAGGUGAAAAGUUGCUGCGCAUAAGGCCAAUCGAAAUGGCUUCGUCUGAACCUGAUAAUGGCUACAUCUACCAGGUCAUGUGGUGGAUCGAAAACAGAAAUGAUACGUCAUUUGACUUUACGCAGCCGUAUAUUAGAAAAUCGCUCAAAUAUGUCUACCCGAUCUUCAUGUUUUUGUAUGCGGUUGUAGGGCUUGUUGGCCUUGCUGGCAACAUCAGUAUGUUAAUUGUCAUGGGAAAACGUCGACUGUAUCAAGAUCCAACGUUUUUCUUCCUCGGAAACAUAGCAUUUUCCGAUCUGAUCAAGUGCGUUUUCGUUUUGCCUAUUUCUUUGGCAAAUAUGCUCGUACAGAACUGGAUCUUCGGUAGCUUUCUCUGCUUCUUUCUACCCAUGAUCCAGUUCUUUCCGAUACACGCAUCCAUGCUCACAUUUCUGUUCAUUGCGAUUGAUAGAUAUCGGGUGAUUGUCAAUCCUUUCAAAGCCCGCCCCCCAGCUGGACUUUGUAUUAUUGGUGCUUGGGUAGGUGCUAUAUGCGUAGUAUUACCACAUGCUGUAUAUAUUAAAUAUAUAGAUCUUGGUGCUUUAUUUGGAAAGAACUUUCGUGGUGUUGGUAUUUGCUAUGUGAACAUGGAAAGGCACAUAGAAGAAUACUUCAGGGCUAUGUUUGUUACAUUAUAUGCCUUGCCGUUGGCAAUCAUUGGAUUCUUGUACGUGAAAAUAUCUGCAGAACUUAAAUCAAAAGAGACUGCUUCGACGGUCGUCCAUUACAAUAUAUCAAACGGCGACCUUAGCACUCGGGGUUCCAGAAGCGAAGAAAGUACGCCAAAAGUUACAUGGGCAAAUGACUCGGAACGGAGUAAUUUGGAGACAGCUCGUCAUAAAGACUACACGGAACGGGCUACUCAAGACAGUGACGAUGAUAUUGAUCUUGCCAAAGAGAAGAUAACUCAGAAUUAUCUUAUUUCCAUGGUGACAAUCUUCGCAAUGUGCUGGUGUCCAAUGAACAUACUUAUAUUGGUGCAUUAUUUUGUUCACGAGAGGGCGGAGGAUGUUUCAGGGCAUUUUGACAUUACAUUCAUCACUUUUGCCUGGUUUGGAUACCUGUCUACUUGUGUCAACCCUAUCUUGUUCGCCUCAUGGUACAUGCCUUCUUCGACAAAAGACAGGUUAAAAGGUUACUUCCGGUUUAGUAACAGACGACGGAGCUCGUCUCAGAUGAGCAGAACAGAGGUAUCAGAAUCGUUCGUCCUCCCCGCCACGCCUUCCCCAAGAGAGCACAGAAAGUCCUUGCGUUCUGCAACACCAUCACCCAGAGUGCACAGAAAAACAUUGAGAGUUCAGCUUAAAGCACCUGAGCUCUCACCAUAUCAAAAUGUCGUUGUAUGACAUGGGUUUUUAUUUUGUAGGGAGAAAGUAAUUAUUGUUUUCCAACGUUUUGUGUUCGUUGUGAAUGCUCAUAUGUAAAAUCGCAUUAAAUAUAGAAAAAUA